CCUUUAGUAAAGAAAUCAGUUUAUGUUCGCCAGAGAACAAGAGUAUACAACAUAGCUCAUAAAACCUGAAAGCUGAAGUGGCAAUCAUCACGCUUUAUCCAUAACACAUAAAGAGGAUAAGCAGUACACAAUGAAGUCCAGAGCCACACAAGUUUACAUCGUAGAAGACAUUAAGAAAACAGAACCAGAAAACAGUGAAAAAUCUUCAGAACCAGUUAUGACGAUUCCAGCCCAACUCGAUGAUUUUGGUACCCCGGCCAGGUUUAGCGAGCAGAACAAUCCCAAAGAAGCUUUAUAUUAUGACUUCCGUGCUGCUAGAACUAACCUUCCAAGACCUAAUGGGAUAGUUGGUUCUGUACUACACAUGUUGACGUAUGGUCUGGGCGCCGGUUUCCCCAACAUGCAUGUUGCCUACCGAGAAUCCGGAAUUUGGACCGGCCUUGUCCUAAAUGUACUUUUAGCUGUCCUCGUUGGGUAUUGCUCUUGUAUUCUCGUCUGGUCUGCCCAAAAGAUGUAUGGACGUGUCCAGGUACCAAAUCUCAAAUACCAGGAUCUGGCUGAAGCUACCUUGCUUUUAAGUCCUUGGCGAGGUUUAAGAAAAUCUGCCAGAGCCUUUAGGUAUCUUGUGGAACUAACAAUAGCAUUACACUGUUUCGGUUCCUGUUGUGUCUUCGUGGUCAUGAUAGCGAGGAACCUGAAGGAGCUGGUUGAGGGUACAGGGUACCUCAGUGAUGAGGGAGACCCUCCUCUGACUGUAUACAUCAUAUCACUGGUCAUACCUUGCACCGCUGUGUGUAUGGCGACUAAUUUGAAGCAUUUAGCUCCGUUCGCUAUUAUUGCUAGUUUUUAUGCUGGUGCAGUUCUUCUAUGUACAAUGUGGUAUUGUUUUAAGUAUGCUAAAAAGAGCCCCCUAGAUAGAAAUGGCUACAACAGUGUUAUGGGAGUUUUUGAAUUUAUUGGUAUUUGCAUUUUUGCGUCGGAAACAGCGAGUAUUGCCCUCCCAAUCGAGAAUAAUAUGCAUAAACCUCGUGAAUUUCAUCGAGUUAUACUACUUACGAUGCCGAUUUUAGCAUCUAUGACAAUGGCUAUUGGGUUCUUUGGUGUUUGGCACUAUGGAGAUAAUUCUGCACCACCCAUAUUGAUACAUUUCCCUUUUAAGCCUUUCCCAAUCCAGUUAAAAGUGUUUCUCUGUCUGAUGGUCUAUGUCAUAUACGCGACAACAUUUCAUGUGGGUUUUGACAUACUAUGGUUCUACCUUAGCACCACCGCAUUCGGCUUGUAG